AUGAAGGCUUUGAAGGUAGGAGAUGGAUGGGCGGUUUCACCUUUUGAUGUUCGGAAAGCGGUGGUGGAUUAUUUCAUGAUUCAUGUUUCUUCUCUUUUGUGUGAUAGGCCAAAGUUGGAUGGGGUACCGUUUCCAUCUCUAUCCGAGGAUGAGAAUUUGCGUUUGAUUGCUCCUUUUUCCUUAUUGGAAAUAGAGGCGGUGGUUAAAGAUAGCGAUGGGGAUAAAAGCCCGGGACCGGAUGAUGAAGUUAGAAUUAUGUUUGAUCAAUUUCAUGCAAAUGGGGCUUUGCCAAUAGGAAUGUUGGCUUUCUUUGUUACUUUGAUUCCAAAGGUUUCCUCUCUGUUGGAGCUUAAAGACAAUAGGCCUAUAUCGUUGUUAGGUUGUCUUUAUAAAUUGCUUGCGAAGGUGGACUAUGCCAAAAAGGUGAAAAAACAAUGUUUGAUUCUUAAGGUUGAUUUUGAAAAGGCAUGUGAUUCGGUGGAUUGGGGUUUCUUGGUGUACAUGUUGGUUAGAAUGGGGUUUAGUGAUAAAUGGGUGAAUUGGAUGAAAGCUUGCGUGUGUGGAGGGAGUAUGUCUAUUCUUGUGAAUGGAAGUCCAAUGGAGGAGAUUAAUAUCCAAAGGGGCCUUAAACAAGGGGAUCCUUUGGCUCCUUUUUUGUUUUUGGUGGUUGCAGAGGGUUUUAGUGGGUUGAUGAGGAAUGCGAUUAAUAUUAAUUUGUAUGAGGGCUUUCGUUUUACCGGUAGUGAGGUGGAGGUUUCUCAUCUACAAUAUGCGGAUGACACUCUUUGUAUUGGUACACCGCCGGUGGAGAACUUGUGGACUCUUAAAGUUUUGCUUCAAGGAUUUGAGUCGGCCUCCGGUUUGAAGAUUAAUUUUGCGAAGAGUUGUUUGAUUGGGGUUAAUGUUCAAACCAAUUUUAUGGACAUGGCGAGUAGUUUUCUUCAUUGUUCUCAAGGUUCUCUUCCUUUUAGAUACUUGGGACUUCUAGUUGGUGCUAACCAUAGGAGUAGCGCUAUUUGGCAACCUUUGAUGCCAGUGGUGGUGUGGAAAAAGAUUGUUAGAUUGCAAAGAGAGUUCUUGUGGGGUGGAGUUGGAGGUGGGAAGAAGAUUAGUUGGGUGUUGAAAGCUAAAUACGGUGACAACAUUUGUAGUAAGGUGGAGGGAGCUUCUUAUUUGUGGCCUAGAUUCACGUCGUCUUGGUGGAAUGAUAUUGUUAAUCUAGAGGGAUUUUAUGGGAAUUCGUGGUUCAAUUUGGAAGUGGUUAGAUGUGUGGUAAAUGGUACUACAACGAGUUUUUGGAAUGACAUUUGGAGAGGUAAUUCACCUCUUCAAGUUAAAUAUCCGCGGCUUUUCUCUAUCUCAAGCCAAAAAGAGGAUAGUGUUGGGAUGGUGGGGGAAGUCCUUGAGUCCGGAGUGGAGUGGAAUUUUGUUUGGAGGAGAAGAUUAUUUGUGUGGGAGGGGCAAUUGGUGGAUGAUCUUAGAGAUGAUCUUAGGGGAUUUCGGUUUGUUGACGGGGAAGAUGGUUGGAGGUGGAAGUUGGAGGAGGAUGGGUGCUUCUCGGUAAAAUCCGCUUAUGAGAAGUUGGUAAGUUUGGUGUUGAUAGAAGAUUUAUGGAGGGAAGAGGAGAAACUAGUGUUUUCACAAGUGUGGAAAAGCCCGACACCUUUGAAAGUGGUCGCGUUCUCUUGGAAGUUGUUGCUUGAUCGUCUUCCAACAAAGAAUAUUCCUGGCUCCGCCACUGGUGGAGGACGUCAAGGUGUUAUCUUGGCGUUGGUCGUUCAAUAG